UAAAAACUUUAUAUUUUAAGGCAUGAAGGAAAGUUUGUGGGUGUUUCUUGGGAAGAUGUGCACUCCUCCCUCUCAGGAAAUGGACUUCCUAACAUUCUUCACCUGAUGGACCUCCUGCACAGCUUACCCCCUACAAGCGUAUUGAAUGAAACAGCAUUCAACCAGAUGAAAUUACUGAAGACAGACAGGAGACAGAGGUUGUCUCACAAACAUCUAAAUGAUUGUUUGAUGAUAAAAUUGCAGUCCCCAGCCAUCAGUGAAUUUGACCCAAAAGAAGCAGUUGACAGAUGGAUGUUAUCCCCAACUGGACAGAAAAGAAGAUUUGGCUAUCAAAGGAAGAGAGCUCAACAGGAGGAGAAGGAGAGACAAACAGAAAGAGAGAAUGAGAGAGAGGAUGAAAGAGAGAAUGAGAGGGAGAAUGAAAUAGAUAAUGAGGGAGAAGAUGAAACAGAGAAUGAGAGAGAGGAUGAAAGAGAGAACAAGAGGGUCAGGGAUGUUAACAGUGAGAGAGAAAUUGAAAGUGAGGAGUCAGAAUGUUACAGCGAAAGUGAGGAGUCAGAUUAUGAACAAGAUGAAGUUGAAAAUGAGAGAGAGAUUAGAAAGCUUGUUUUAGAGAUGGAGGUUGAGAUAAAUUGA